AACGUGGAUACGUCGGUGAAGCUUUUAAGUUUGACCUAAAGAGUGGAAAGCAGGUAGUUGCAGUGUAUCUGUGUGUGAGACAUCUUGUGACUUCGAGUUUGAAGACCUGAUUUAUUCAAGUAUACACGCUCUUGACUGCUUGACUUUGCUCGGAACUCUGAACUGAGGGCACUCAUAUUAAACAAGCAGCGCAAAAAGACAGGGACACAAGACAGCACUAAGGACACAAGCCAGGAAGUGGCCCAAAUUUCAGUUCUUGAAUGUGCUCGUACAGUUUUAUGGGAAGUCGAUACAGUGUGUGACUUAGAUCUCGAACAUCGAACUCUGCAAUUACGCGUUCCGGUUGUGUGUAUCAUAGCUAUUCUGUCGUUAUUUUGCGGGGCGAUAACCUUGUUCCGGGUUGACUGUUCCGGGAGGCUUGCCGUCUUUGUGCGUCGCCGUUGCAAUCGGCUCGGAGGCCCCCAGAGUAUAUCACUUCCCGUUCGACGCGUGCUUUCUUUUAGCGGUUUCUUUGUUGAUAGUCGCGUUGGUUACAUUGUCACUGUGAAGGCAGAACACACCCGACCGCAAAUUGCUCUCGCGUCCGUUGCAUAAGGACGUAGUUUUGCGUGCCAAUUUUACUAUGGGGAACAACAUUCAGUCACAGCAGCUUGCAGUGAGGUAGUGAAACCGUGACGUCAGCCUGGCUUCGUUACGUCGGCGGCAUUCGGAGCACAUGCUUCGCUGCACAUCUCUUCGGCAACGACGUCUCGACUACACCAGAAGAAGUUCGAGGAGGAUGGGAGGAUAUCGACCGCUGGAGGUGCACGCGCUUUGAAUUUCGUGGCUGUGUCUCGCAUAUUUGUCCAGCACCUAGCAGCGUAGCAAAGUGAACGUGGCUGCCUUGUUCAAAAUAAACGGAAAGGAACAUCGUAAUCACUUGCGGCGUUGGAGAAUGACGUUGACUGCGUAAGUGAACCUUCAGUGUGUCAUUUGACCCGUUCUACUGCUGGAGAUGAUGCGAGUGUGACCGAAGAUUCAACGAAUUUGUGUGUGCUUUCUGAAGAAAAAGAAUGUCGGUGACCUCUGUUCACACAUUUCAAGUGGUGCCCCUGGAAGACACAGGAGUCACCUCCGAAGAAGCAGUGACGACAGUGGGGUCCAACGGUGGCGAAGGCUGGUGCCAGCGAAUGAAAAGAUGCUUCGCCCAGCGGUGGAAGAAGAAAGACGCCCGCUUCACUUCGCGGUCCGCCAUGCUACGGCUGCCGAUGACUACUGCGGCAUUGCUGGCGAACCUCGUAGGCAUGGGCAUGGUGGCGAUGCCGUACGCCUUUGCUGGAAUAGGAUGGGCCGCUAUUAUCGUGGUACCCCUGUUCGCGGCUCUGGCAGCAUUCAACGCUUGUUUGCUGAACAGCUGCUGCGCCAUGCUGGAAGAGCGAUGCAAAGAAUACCGCAAGUUUGACUGGUACACCCAGUAUUCGGACGUCGCAUCCAAGGCACUCGGUCCAGGAGUCAGGAGGAUCGUGAGUGGCUUGCGCCUGCUAUCGGUGGUGGGCCUGCAGUCAGUGGUGAUAGUCCUGACAGCAGAGGCCAUAACGGACUUCGUGCUGGCUUUCAUACCUCUCUCGUUGCCCCAUGGCCAAAUGUACUGCGUUCUCGUAGUCAGCCUCGGCGCGAUGAGCGCAGCAGUGAAGGGUCCAUGGGCUGAGGUCACACGAUACUGGUGCAGCGUUGUCCACUUGCCGCUGUCACUGUCGCUUUUGUCCCUGCUGCUGGCUGGCCUUGCCGACAGUUUCCUCGGUCCCAGUCAGUGGUCACCAGUGCUGGGAUCUUCGAUUGACCCGGCUGAACUCCUCAAAGCUGCCGGGUACAAGCAGGCCGGAGCGGGUCACGUGGUCCCGGGAAGGAGCGUGUUCGGUGAACGAUCCGCGGUGCCUUUCUUCGUCGGCUUGGGAGUCAUCGCGUUCAACUUCGCCGGUGUCUCGGGCUUUACGAACGUGCGCCGGGACAUGGCGGCGCCGUCGAACUUCAGAAGAGCCGCUGGCUACAGUGUUGCCGGGUACACCGCAGCCUGUCUCCUGAUUGGCGUGAUGGGCUACGCUGCGUUCGGAGUGAUGGUCAGCGGAAAUGUGAUCAUGUCCUUGAACACCGAGAGAACCCGAGUGGCCGCUCACAUCCUACUCUCAGUGGGCUACACUCCGACGGCAAACCUGAUAUCUUGCACCCUCGAAGAGUACGACAAGGUCGGGGACCGCGGCAAGGCGAGCGUGUGGAGCCGUGCCAAGAUGGCGUCACCAUUGAUGGCCUUGGCAUGCGUGAUGGCUCUGGUCGUCCCUCAAGAAGGACCCCUGAUGGCGCUCGUGGGAUCUCUGUUCGUCUGCCCCAUCGCCUUCGUGCUGCCUCCCAUUUUCUACGCCGGCCUCUGCAGGGGAUCGCCACAGUGGCCUGAGAGGCCUCUGAGUCGAAACAUGAAGAUCGGCCUUGUGGUGGCCCUGGUCACCGGCCUGGUGGUUCACAUCGGAGGCACCGUGACGGCCAUCAUGCAGAUCGUUCACGAAUCCCAGAUGAACCAGCAGUCCUGCUUCAGGGGCUUCUGCUACGAAGGGCACUACGCUCACGCACCACCUCCGGCCAUCUACACGCGAUACAUGCCUAACGUCGAGCUUCCACAGAACGUUGGAAAGUGCAAAUACCUUCUCUAGGUGAGGAGGAGGAGGAGUAAAAUUUGAGGAGAGGAAAAGGCACUAUUUCUGCAACACUAAAUGGGAUCACGUCUCAGCGUCUGCAGGAGGGAAUUAAUGAUGGUUAGAUUAGAGAGGUUUCCGUGGCCGAGGACGCAGAGAGUGGUUUCUACAGCUGGUUGUCCAGUCCAGUGUCCCCAUGGAAGGAAAGAGCAUGAAGACCUAGGUGUGGUGGUAGGCAAGGAAGAGGAGGUCCCUCUAUGUAGCCGCGGGCAAACCGUAUAUCCCCUCACAAAGGGUAUAUACGGCUCUGGCCGAAGGUAACCCUGGCGGCGCAGUGCGGCGAUCAAGGCGGCUCGUUGAGAUUGAAACGCGGGGCACACGCACAAGAGGCGCUCGAGUGUUUCGUCUGCUCCGCACGCAGUGCAACUAGGCGAGAGACCCCAAUACUAUAGCAAUUAAGGGACACUGCCAUUAAUGUGAAUGUCAAUCACUUCAUUACUAGCACUACGCACGGAUUCGUCAGUGUCUAUUGGAAGCAUGCCUUUCAUGUUCAAGCCUAUAACUGGCUCGUGGCGCACUUCCAUAUAAAA